AUGCGCUCUUUCGCCAUCCUUUCUGCUGCUGGUCUCGCUGCCGCCCAGGUCACCAGCAUCGUCAUCACCGAUGGUAUCACGGCGACCCUCACCCUCCCCGUCUUCCCCGAGCCCACCGACGCCACGAGCGACGCUGUUAGCACCGUCACCGCCACCGUCCCCGAGACCACCGUGACCGUCUCGCCCGAGCCCACGCCGUCCACCACCGUGACAGUUUCCGCGGGAACCAGCACCGUCUCGGCUGGCCUCACCACCACCACCAUCGUCGUCGUUAGCGACCCUCCCGUCACCAUCACCACCCCCAUCGUCAUCCCCACCGCCUCCGAGUCUGACCCGGUCAUCACUCUGCCUGUGAUCACCGAGUCUACCUUUGACCCGGCCACCACCAUCACCGCCGUCGUCCCCCCUCCCCUCAACACCACCCUCGCGACUCUCACCCAGACUCACACCGCGUUCCCCAACGCUACCACUACCGGUCCCGUGGUCGUACCCACCGCCGCCGCCGACAAGCUCCAAGGCUCCAUCGUCGGUCUCAUCGCCGCCGGCGUCGCCAGCUUCUUCCUCUUUUAA